CUGGUUCUUGUUCUGUGCACAGUUUAUAGACAUAUACCAAUGUCACUUCACAGCCCAAUCUUGGUGAAAACUGUUGCUGGUAUUUCGCCUGGUAAGCAUACUAUAGAUUAUGCUGACAAAUGUCAGAAAAAAAGACAACAUAGUCAAGAAGUGACACAGUUGCCAUCGACAAAAAAAAGGCGCCUUAUCUUGAAACAAGAGCGAGCGGUUACCCAGCAGGCACAUGAAACACUGGAAGGAGUCUCAUAUCAAUCUGGCAUUGGUCAUGAUGAAGAGGUGGACAUUGAAAGACUACCUGAUCCUAUUCCACGUGGAGUGUUCAAGCAAGUUAUACCACAUGGACCACCGACUUACAUUGUAGCUGAUCUGGAAACCACUGAUCUAAUAAGGGGAGAUCAAAUUCCGCACAUCACCCAGAUAGCUGCUGUUGAAAUGUCAACUGGUUCUACAUUCAACAAGUAUGUUAUCCAAAAAUUCCUAUCACAUCAGCUGCAGAGAAUGUUACCAAAAUUAUUAUGGUUAAUGAAAAGGUGAUGGCAGUGGAUGGUGUGACAGUGGAGCCAGUUCCGUUACAUGUAGCAUUGAAAAAAUUUCUUUCAUGGCUUGAAUCGUUUGACAAUAUUUACAUUAUUGCCCAUAAUGGAAGGCGAUUUGACUUUAUAGUAUUGACAGCAGCAUAUAAAGUUUGUGGAUUGCUACCAAAUUUCUUGUCGGCUAUUACAGGGUUAGUAGAUUCUUUACCUGUGUUCAAACAUGUGUAUCCAAAUAGAACUUCAUACAAACAAGAGGAUCCAGCCCGUGAUCUUUUGUGCAAGGGCUACAAUGCACAUAAUGCAGAAGCUGACGUAAAAUGUUUAUCGGAGCUUGUGUCCCUGAUGGUGUCAACGCAAAAUGAUUGUAUGAUUGUAAAAAGUUUUCCUCCGAUUGAUAUUAAAUUCAAUAUGGACUGUCAUAAAGAAAAAAAGAAAAAUUUUCCAACUCUCAAAGUACUUAUUGCAGCUGGGGUGAUGAAGAAUGCAACUGCUGACAAUAUUGCAAGUUCCGGUCUGAACUUUGAACACUUAAAAACAAUAUUCAGGAGAAAAGGAGAAGAUGGACUGUUAAAUGUUUUUACUGCAAAAAAUAGUGAAGGCCAACCUCGAGUAACCAACGCAAAGAGGACUCUAGAGUCUGUGGUGCCUAAACUUGCAGCUUACUUUGAAAAAAAUUGUUAAAGCUCAUUUUGUAUGUGCAGUAUUUUCUAAAGGGUAAUAUGGUAAACACAUAAAACAUAUAAUGAGUUACACUUAUGCAUUAUGAAUGUAUAUUACAGACAUGUUCUACAUACUUUUGGAUUGUGUAAUGUAUUUGCAAGUAUUAUUUUUAUUUUUCAUGUUUGGUGUACUCAAUCUAGAUAAAUUUGGAAAACAUGUUUAUCAAAACUAGACUAUAUAGGAGUUAUUUACUACAACACUUUCAUAACAUUGAUU